AUGGCAGAAAACUCCCCUAACCCUGUCCCCUUCUCAGAGCCGCCCUAUCUACGUGGUCUCCCAUCUCCUUACAUCACAGACGCCCACCGCGAGUUCCAGAAGCGAUGCCGCAAAUUCGCAUGGGAAAACCUGAUUCAACAUGCUAUGGAAUGGGAAAAGGCAGGCACUGUGCCAGAGCAUGUCUUUGAUACUUUCUGCAAGCACAACAUGCUGUUGCCAAACAUGCCUGCUCCACUUCCCGUGGACUGGCUGAAGCGACUGGGAAUCAAUGAUAUUCUGGGUGUCAAAGUCGAGGAUUGGGAUUACAUUUACACUGGAAUUUACUGUGAUGAGCUUGCUCGUUCCGGCUUGAGUGGUCCCGGUGGAUCAUUGAAUGCAGGCUUUGCCUUUGGCAUUCCUCCGAUUGUCAAGUUUGGCAGCAAAGAACUACAGGAACGAUUCCUCCCUGAUCUUCUUACCGGCAAGAAGCGUGCCUGUAUCGCCAUCACCGAGCCCGAGGCUGGCAGUGACGUCGCGAACAUCGUCACCACUGCCACCAAGAGUGCCGAUGGAAAGCACUAUAUCAUUAAUGGAACCAAGAAAUGGAUCACCAACGGUAUCUGGUCCGACUAUGCGACCAUGGCUGUCCGAACUGGUGGCCCCGGCCCUACUGGUCUCUCGGUGCUGGUCGUUCCCCUGAAGAACCACACCGGCGUCACCAUGCGUCGCCUAAAGGUCUCCGGCCAGAUCACUGGUGGUACCACUUACAUCGAGCUCGACGAUGUCAAGGUUCCAGUGUCGAACCUCAUCGGUAAGGAGGGCCAGGGUAUGCGCAUUAUCAUGACCAACUUCAACCACGAACGACUUGUCAUCUCGGUUGGAGUCACUCGUGCUGCCCGUGUGGCUCUUUCUGCCGCUUUCUCUUACUGUCUCAAGCGUGAGGCCUUUGGCAAGACCCUCAUGGACCAGCCCGUGGUGCGACAUCGUCUUGCCAAGGCUGGUGCCGAGCUUGAAACUAUGUAUGCUUGGGUCGAGCAAAUCCUCUACCAGCUCUGCCAUCUCAGCAAAGAGGAAAGUGACAUCCAGCUUGGUGGUUUGACUGCCUUGGCAAAGGCAAAGUCGGCGAUGGUGCUUAAUGAGUGUGCCCAAGUUGCUGUGCUUUUGUUCGGUGGCAAUGGCUUCACGCAGACUGGCCAGGGCGAACUUGUUGAAGCAAUUCUUCGAGACGUUCCUGGUGCCCGUAUCCCCGGUGGAUCGGAAGAUGUUUUGCUUGAUUUGUCCGUGCGUCAAUUGGUCAAGAUCUACCAAGCACAGGAAAAGAUGCUGUCCAAGACCUCCAAGAUCUAG